AUGGUCUGGGACCGUGGUCUGCUGCUGCUGCUGCGGCUGCUGCUGCUGCUCAGUGGGCGGGCGGACGGAGUCGACGGUAACUGUCCCACUCUCAUUCUAGACUGUUCUCCAGGUUCUCCAGGUUCCCCAGGUUUUCCAGGUUCUCCAGGUUCUUUACACCUCCUCAGAUUCUUCUCUGCUCCUCCUUUGGUGUCAGACAGCGGUUCCCGGCCUCGGUCUAGUCUCCUGGACCUGCUGAAGACGACCAGCGUGACCCACAGAGAGAGAGGGUGGGGGUCAGAGGUGGGACGACCCCGGGUCAGGAGGUCGGUGUUCCUGCACCCAGGGGUGAAGAUCUGUCCGGAGGAAAACCUGAGUGACGUGGUGAGGAGUCAGCAGGCCUAUUACCAGCUCAGAGUGUGUCAGGAGGCCGUGUGGGAAGCCUUUCGGGUUUUCCUGGACAGGAUUCCUGGUACGGUGGAGUACCAGCGCUGGGUCCAGGACUGUCAGCACCGGCCGCUCUGCAUCUCUGACCUGGCUCAGAACUUCAGCAGCUCUGAAGAACAUCUCAGUCUGCUUCGACGGAGGAUGGCUCGACUCAAGGACAGCAGGACGUCAGCACGGGGUCUGGGGUCUCCUGCUGCCACGCCGACACCUCCUCAGCCCUCAGAACUUCACACCCACCCUACAGGCCCCGCCCUCCAGGAAGCCCCGCCCUCAGAACAGACGGACACGGAGAGUCCUGACACUGGACUGAGGAACUCCUCCAUCAGGGAACAUCUGACCAAGGCCUCAGGAGCAGGAGCAGGAGGAGGAAACUUCACACCCACCCUACAGGCCCCGCCCUCCAGGAAGCCCCGCCCUCAGAACAGACGGUACGUUCUCACGUCUCUGCUCUUCGAGUCGAUCACGUGA